AACGUUUCAGCCGCAACAAAGUCUCUAACUAAACAGUUAUCCAUGGUGAAUAUACCUCAGCAUCAACAAUUCAGUUUUCUUGGAGUACAAUCAGGAGGUAUAGAAAAUAUAGGGUGCACUCAAAGAGAUUUGUAUAAUCAUGAAAGGGAUAUACGGGCUGAUUUGAAGGGGCAUGAUGGUGAAAUGUUUUAUGAAUAUUUAAAAUUAGAACAAGGAAAGAAUCCCGCAUUUACUUUUCAAAUUGAGGCCGAUGAGGAACAAAAGAUUACUCGUUGUUUUUGGUCCGAUGCAAGAUCAAGGCGGGCUUACAAAUUUUUCGGUGAUGUUGUAAUCUUUGAUACUACUUACAACACUAAUCGCUAUGGCCUUAUAUUUGCACCAAUAAUGGGGGUUAACAAUCAUGGUCAAACAAUUAUUUUUGCUUGUGGAUUUUUGAAUCAUGAGAGCGUUGAUGAUUUUGUGUGGUUAUUUAAUCAAUUUUUGGAAAGUAUGCCUGGUGGUGCCCCGAAGAUGAUUAUUACCGAUCAAGACCCAGCGAUGACUAAGGCAUUCCCUCUUGUUCUUCCAAAUACUUUUCACAGGUAUUGUAGUUGGCAUAUAUUAAUGAAGUUUUCUGAGAAAAUUGAUGCAGUGAAGUAUAGUAUUUAUAAAAGUGAGUUCUCGGCUUGCAUUUGGAAAUCAGAGACUCCUGAAGAGUUUGAUUUACAAUGGGAAAGUUUGAUUAAGAAAAGUGGGUUAGAAGGAAACAAGUGGUUGCAAGACCAAUAUGAACUUCGGUCAAGAUGGAUUCCCGCAUAUGUUAAUCACAUUUUCUCAGCAGACAUGUCAAGUAGCCAACGAGCAGAAAGUGGACAUGCAUUCUUCAAGAAAUUUGUUUCGAAGAAUAAUUCAUUGGUGGAUUUUAUAAUACAGUUUGGCAGGGGACUAGUGCGCCAACGUCACGAGGAGUUGAUGGCCGAUCACAAAGACUUGAUUGAGAAACCUAAACUUAGAAUAAAUCAUGACUUUUUGGAGCAAAUGGUUGAUAUUUACACUAAUGAGAUGUAUUUCAAGUUUGAGGCUGAAGUGUGUGACAGCUUUAACUACAAGUUGCAGUUUGUUAGGGAAACCGACAAUCGCCGUGUGUAUCAAAUUCAAAGAAAGAAGCUCGCAACAAGCAAAGUCCGCGAAAUCGUAUAUGACAAGGACUUGGAUUUGGUUUCUUAUAGUUGUAAAAAGUUUGAUAUUUGA